ACCCAAUCAACCACCCUCAAAUUCACAGUUUCAGACAUCUCAACCAAACAGAGAAAACAAAGCCUUAGAGAACGACACUUGUCAGCAAAGUGGCUCAUCUCCCCCAAUAGCAGCCGCCACUGCCACGUCACAUUCAGAUCUAGGCCCAGCUUCAAAACGGCACGUGCAGCGCAUGGGGACUCAAACGACACCCAAACAACACGGGAAGCAUCAAAACGCAAACAGACAGUAUAGUCCUGUGGUUGGCGCUUGGACGGUUAUUGUGACACUGGUAAUAUUGUUAUUGUGGGGUCGUUUAUGUGCCAUAGUUUGCACCUCUACGUGGUUGUAUUUUGUACACCGUUUUAGAUUGGUGCAGGAAAACGACGUCGUCGUAGAGAGUUCAAAGGAGCUAGAUUUGGAUUCAAAUUUGUACAAAAAGAAAGUGGUUUUGGAAGGUCUUCUUGAGAGAAAUCACUCUUGUGUGCUGUAAUAGUUAAUAGUCAUAGACUCAUUGUCUAUGUAUUUGGAUGUGGGGCAUUGCUGUCGUUGUUUAAUGGCGUUGGUGUAAGAAUAUGCCGAAUUCUAUUUAUUAAUUUGAAUGUUUUAUGUAUAUAUAUUUUUACAGCGUUGUUACUCUAUUAUUUUGUCCAGGUCCAUUCAAGUAGGUUCAACAUCAACAAAAUUUAUCAUUAAAAGAACGUGAUUACACGUGUUACUUA